UGUGAGAUUUCCUCUGCAUGUGUUGAUUUUUCUUCCUUUUUCGCGCGGGUGAAGCUGCUGGCAAUGCUGGCUUGUUAGACUAGCCCACACUAGCAACAGCAUUAGGUUAUCGGUUACCUAAUUGUGUUUAUACUCAUGUAACUGUACAGGCUAGUGCAAUACACUAUUUGAUUGUAACUUUAUUAAAAGCUGGAGGACUUGACUUGAGGGAGUGCGGACUGCGGAGUGCAGUUUAUAGUGUGAAGAGCACACGUACGUAGAGCACAGUGCCACUGCAAAAUUGCAGAAGCAGAGAGAGAAAAAAAAAUAAAAAGGAUAAUACCUAUAUAUAUGCCGUCUCCAGUUUAUGGUGAUGCAGGCGUUUUGAGAGAGCAUCGGGGAAAAACAAGAAAUUCUUUUUGGAGCAUUGUUUUUUAUUCACCAUGUCUGAUUCUGAAUCUUGUUCACCGGACUUGGCUGCUACCACUGUCUCGAAAAGCCCCAGUCUGCUAGAGAAUCUGCGCAAGUUUCGCUUCCAGAAGAAAAGUGUCAAGAAGAUGGUCACAUCUGACGAAGACAGUAAUCUAUCCGCUCCAGAGGUACGAAGAAAACCUGUCAAUCGAAUUGAUGACAGCGAUAGCGAGGGGGAAAAUCUUGCCAAAGCAACUGCCUCUAAUUCAGAAGAAAGUCCUAAAGAUGACAAAGAGGAGAAAGUCAAGUAUCUGACCGAUUUAUUUUCUCAUAUUGAAAGAGAAAAAAUUAAAGAAGUGCUUGGUGAAUCAAAUUGGGAUAUGAAAAUAGCUAAAGAAAAACUUGAAAGAAAUAAAAAAAGGCGAUUAGAGAAAUCAAAGAAAUCAAAGAAAACCAAGCGCAAAAAGAGAAAUUACCGUGAUGAUGAGGAUAGAGACAUCGAUUCAGAUGACUGUGGCUAUAGCAACAAUAAAGUUUUUGACAUGUCAGAUGAGGAGUCUGAUUAUGAGGUAACAGACGAUUUGUCGGGUGAUAGGCAAGCAGUAAUGAACUUUUUGCAAAAGGCGCUACCAACAGAGUUACUAUUACUGCAUCAGUGUACUCAAAAAAAGGUCAACGCUAUAAUCGAAGCUAGACCAUUUGAAGGUUGGAAAGAUCUGGUUUACAAAUUUCAGUGUACAAAAUUUUUAGACACCGAACUUCUGAAUGCUGCUCAAGAUUUGAUACAAACAAGACAAGUGAUAGAUAAUCUUAUGAAAAAAUGUCUUGGAUUGUCUGCAAACAUGGAAAAGGCAGUAGCUGCUGGUUCAGCAAUGAUACAGGAACAGCCGAAAACUCUUUCUCCAGGAUUAAAAUUAGCACCUUAUCAAAUGGUUGGGCUUAAUUGGCUUGCUGUGAUGCAUGCACAAAAGGUAAAUGGAAUCCUAGCUGAUGAAAUGGGAUUAGGUAAAACUGUACAGGUCAUUGCUUUCCUUACCUACUUGAGAGAAGCCAAUCUGAUAGACGAAAAAGAUGGCCCACAUUUAAUAAUCGUACCAAGUUCGACAAUAGAGAAUUGGAGUAACGAGCUCGAACGCUGGUCUCCUGGACUGAAAGUUUCCAAGUAUUAUGGCUCUCAAGACGAGCGUAGAGAAAUGAGAUUUGGAUGGCGUAAUGGUGAUUUAGAUGAUGUAGAUAUAAUUUUAACGACAUAUAAUCUCAUUAGCAGCACGCCCGAGGAACGUCGUUUGUUCCGUGUUAUGCCUGUAAAAUACGUAAUUUUUGAUGAAGCGCACAUGUUAAAGAACAUGAGUACAGUGAGAUAUGAAAAUUUAGUUAGGAUAAAAGCUCAGCACAGAAUUUUGUUGACCGGAACACCGUUGCAAAAUAAUUUAUUGGAAUUAAUGUCUCUACUUAUUUUUGUGAUGCCUUCUAUGUUUGCCAGUAAACAAAAUGAUUUGAAAAAUCUUUUUUCUAAAAAUCCUAAAAUUAAUGCCAACAAGUCAGACGAAGCUAAACCACUCUUUGAAGAGGAGCAAAUUAAUAAUGCAAAACAAAUUAUGAAACCUUUUGUGUUGCGUCGCCUAAAGUCUGAUGUUUUGAAAGAUUUGCCAACUAAAAGUGAAGAAGUCAUAGAAUGCGAAAUGAUAAAAACUCAAUGUGACAUGUACAACAGUUUAGUUACUAGGUUUUCCGUUGAAGCUAGAGAAACUGAUGAACUGGAUGGAAUGGGAAUGAUGAUGCAGCUACGUAAACUCGCAAACCAUCCUCUUCUUCUUCAAAAUUACUACACUCAAGAUAAAUUAAAGCGUAUUUCUGAAAAACUCGUGAAUGAGUCUGGAUGGAAACAAAAAAAUGCUCAAUAUACAUUUGAAGAUUUGUUAUGGAUGUCUGAUUAUAAAAUCAACCAGCUUUCUCGAACGUAUAAAAGCCUUGCUGGAUUUGGUUUGCCACACCAUCUGAUACCAGAAUCUGGAAAAUUGAAAAAGUUAGAUGAAUUGUUGAAGGAAUUACAUGCUGAUGGACACAGAGUUCUCAUAUUUAGUCAAUUUACAAUGGUCUUGGAUAUUUUACAGGAGUAUUUAACAAUUAGAAAUCACAGACAUCUCAGACUUGAUGGUCAAACCCCAGUAAUGGAAAGGCAAGAUUUGAUAGAUGAAUUCACAGAAGAUACUGAUAUAUUUGUUUUCUUACUGUCUACGAGAGCUGGUGGACUAGGUAUUAAUUUAACUGCAGCCGACACCGUCAUCAUUCACGAUAUUGAUUUCAAUCCAUAUAAUGACAAACAAGCGGAAGAUCGUUGUCACAGAGUUGGACAGAAAAAGCUGGUAAGAAUAAUUAGGUUGUUGAGUAAAGGCACCAUUGAGGAGGGAAUGUAUAAAAUCGCUCAAGAAAAAUUAAAUUUAGAAAAGAAAAUAACUGGCAAUGAAGAGAACGAAAGUAAAGAGAAAAAGAGCUUAUUGAAAUUGUUAAAAAUGACCUUAGGCUUGGAUCAAAAUAAACUAAUAAAUUUAUCUCCUGCGAAAAAUGGCGAUGCUAAUGGGUUUUCUGAAAACGACGUUUGCAAUAACAAAAACAAGGACCCAGAAUUAUAGGAACAAUUUUUUUUUGUUUUUUUAAAUAUUUUUUUUAUGAAACUUUUGUGAUGUCUUUUAUACUCGAAUGUUAUUGUCUAGCAAAUACGUAUAUAUGCGUUGUAAAGUAAUUGUGGAAUACUAAUCGUUGGAUAUUCAACGACCUAUUAGUACAAAGUACCUUUUUUUAUAUACAUUUUAUUUUUUACACCAUAGAUGAGCGCAUACCUAUCGUUGAUUACGAUGUAAUUGAUGAAUAAUGAAUUUUUUUUUUUUUUUUUUUUUUUAUGUCAGAAUUGUCUUGUGUCCUGUUUUCAGGAUAUCAAGAAUAGUACUUACACACGUAUUACAAUCUGAUAUUUAUUUAAUCAUUAUUUUAACACGAUUUACUUCAAAUAAAAAAAUUAAUUAAAAAUAAAUAAAAGAAAAAAAGUAAAACUUGAUCUGUUCUCAUGUAUCCUUUUCUGUAAACGCAGAGACAUUCAUUGCACAU